AUGAACUCCUCUUUGGUUGGCAACCAGAGUGGCCGGCCUUUCUGUCUCCUGGCCAUUAGCUAUUUGGAGACCAUCAAUUUUUGCCUCCUGGAAGUGGUUAUCAUCGUGUUCCUCAUGGUGCUGAUUAUUUCAGGCAACAUUAUUGUGAUAUUUGUCUUUCACUGUGCACCUCUGCUGAACCACCACACCACCAGCUACUUCAUUCAGACUAUGGCGUAUGCUGACCUCUUGGUGGGUGUGAGCUGUCUGGUGCCUUCUUUGUCUCUGCUGCACUACCCUAUUGUUUUGAGUGAGUCCUUGAUUUGCCAAAUCUUUGGUUAUGUGGUAUCAGUGCUGAAGAGCGUCUCCAUGGCCUCUUUGGCAUGCAUUAGCAUUGACAGAUACAUUGCCAUCACGAAGCCACUGACCUACAACACACUCGUUACCCCAUGGAGACUCCGAAUCUGCAUACUGAUCAUUUGGCUGUACUCCUGCCUGGUCUUCUUACCCUCUUUUCGCUGGGGAAAGCCUGGAUAUCAUGGGGAUGUGUUCCAGUGGUGUGCCAAUUCCUGGAACACUGAUCCCUAUUUUACCCUCUUCAUUGUGGUGAUGCUCUAUGCCCCAGCCGCGUUCAUCGUCUGCUUCACUUACUUCAACAUCUUCCGCAUCUGCCAGCAGCACACCAAGGAGAUCAACGAGAGGCGAGUGCGCUUCAGCUCUCAGGAUGGGGAGGCUGGGGAGGCACAGCCCUGCCCGGACAAGCGCUAUGCCAUGGUUCUCUUCCGCAUCACCAGCGUCUUCUACAUCCUCUGGUUGCCCUACAUAAUCUAUUUUCUGCUGGAGAGCUCUAAUGUCUAUAGUAACCGCAUUGCAUCCUUCCUGACCACUUGGCUUGCCAUUAGCAACAGUUUCUGCAACUGUGUCAUUUACAGUCUGUCCAACAGUGUCUUUCAGAAGGGGCUUAAGCGUCUCUCCGGGGCUAUUUGUGCCUCUUGCACUAGACAGAGGGUAGCUAAGGACUCCUCUACCUCUAGGAGCAAAAGAUCUUCCAAUGGAUGUCAUGUCUAA